AUGGAUCAGUUUUGUAAUACAAAUUUUGUGGAUCGAAAUUUUUCAACGUCAUAUGAUCAACAUUUGACAACAUCACAUUCGUCCUCUUCAUCUACAUCAUCCAUUACAUCAUCAAUUAAACAUCCAUCCUAUACUCGUAAUCCACGAUCGUUACAUCUUAAUAAUAGUAAUGAAAACAGACGAAAACUUCCGAGUGCUCCUGAACCAAAAAUUCGUCGAAAUUCCAUACCACGAUUUUUAUCAAAAAAGGAUGAUUUAACAUCUCUAACAUUGACAGACAGUGUAAACGAUGUUCCAACUAGACGGCGUCGUUAUGCAAGUGAAGAAGCAUCGGUUACGACAACAACAUCAGUAAUUAAUACAUUUUUACAAUAUUUACGCGAUGGUUUACGUUCAACAAGUCAUACAAAUGUUUAUGAAAAAGUUGAUCAGAAUCGUAAUCAAACGUCAAGUAUCGACAGUGAAUCUCAAUCGUCUGAUAAUCGUUUGUCAAGUACAUUUAAUUUAACAACGCAUUUUUAUCGUCAUCAAUAUCCGGCUAUUUAUACAAAAUCAAAUCAAAUGAUAUUUCAACCAUCACAAUCAACGUCAACAUCAACGUCUACUCAUAGUUUAAAUAGUGAAUCAUCAUUAUCAACCAACAAUAUUCCAAUUAGCACUAACAUAUCACAACCACCAUUUAUGUCUGAUCAGAAUAUUCUUGAUAGUGAAAUAUUAACAUUAGUCGAUUUACUUGUAUUGCGUGUUGCUUGCUUGAAUGAAUCAUCCGAUGAUGCACCAAGACCAACAGUAGCCGAAGUUGAUCAAAAUCUAAUUGAAUAUCUCUACUAUUUAUUUACGAAAUUUACUGUUAUCACAGAUGUAUCAGCAUCAGCUGGUAGUAGUAAAGAUGAAUCAUCAAUAGAUAAGAAGAGCUUUAUUCAGGUUUGUCAAGCUCUCGUGAAAAAUGGAUGUUUUGAUACACCUUCGAUGUCAUUAUCACCUACUACUUCACAAUCUACCGAACAUACAAUCACAGAAUAUGUUAAUCGAGAUAAAAAUAAUAGAGAUACACCAACAACAACAAUAACAACAGUCACAAAUGGGACGCAGAAUGAAGCUGCCAUCGAAGAUAAUACUUGGCUCGUUGUGGAUAUGAGUGAGAAUGAUUUAAGUAAAGAAGAAACUGACGCAUCAUCUCUGAAUUCAUCUAAUAAUACGGAUGAGCUACUAUUAAUGUGUGCAGAAAACAAUGUAGCAACAUUAGAAACAGAAAACUAUAUUGAACCUACGACACCAUUGCCAAACAUUGAGACUGAAAAUGAUACUAAUAGUGAAGUCGAUUAUUUACCAUUAGAACAACUUCAGCCAAUAUAUUACUGUGAAUCACCAGAUUUAGAUAGAUCGGAAGAAUCUUCAAAAAGUAUUUAUUUAUCACCAAAUUCGAGUAUUAUUGACAUUGUGCAAGAGUUUGAUGAUGUACAAUUGAAUAUGCUACAAAAUAAUGAUAAUGAUGAAAAAUCGUCUGAUCAUAUAUUUAACACUAAACAAUCAAUCAAUAGCAACAAUGUUAGUCCCAUAUUAGCAGAGAUAUCAAUACCUCGUUCAUUCUCAGUUGUUGAUGGGAUCAGUGAACAGGACUUAUUGAAUAGUGGACAUCAUCAAUUUCUUACAUUACCUUCUCGAAGUAGUUCUAAUAGUGUUGAAACUACAAAAACGACGUUAAAAUUGAUUCCAUCUGACUAUGAUACAAACGGUAAUUCAGUUAAUAACUUUUUACCGAAAUCAACGCCAAAUAUUUGUUUAGCAUUUAAUAAUCAUAAUGAAAAAGAAGCGAUAGUAGACAAUUGUUAUAAAGAAAAUGUUACGUCGUCGUAUUCAUCUGAACAAACGACAACAAUGCAAGACGAGUCUAAUAGUAUUAAUAUUCCUAGUGCGAUAACAAGAGAAAAAAAAUUACUUGAACGUUGGUCUGAUCCGUCUACACAACAAAAUGAAAAUGAAACAUCAUCAACGUCAACUGUAAAUCGAGCAACAACAUUAUUAGGAUUAGAUUUUCCAUCUAUAGCCGUUUUAAGACGAAAAUUUACUAGUAGCAAUAAUUCAACAAAUUCAACUACAAUGAAUAAUAAUAAUAAUCAUACGUCUAGUAAUAAAAAAAAUCUACAUAUAGCCAAGACGAUAGGUGAAAUGACACCAUUAAUAGAAACAAAUACAAAUAGAAAUGACAGUAAUAUUAAAGGUGAUCAGCAAGAUAACAAUGAUUCAAAUCAAAUAAGUGACUUUACGAAAUCAACACUAAAAGAUCAAAAUUCAAAUAAGGAACAACAGCAGAAUUUAGUUACAAUUCAUAUUGAUUCAGUACAAUGUAAUGGGAAUGCUGUGACUAAUCAAGAUACGCAAUUGAUAAAUAUUGAAACAAAUAUGACAAAAGACCACGAUCAAAUAUUAUCAUUUGGCCAAAAGCAACAAGAAAAAAAUGAACAGCCUUUGAUUAUUGAACAAAUUAAUAAUAUUCAAAAUCAUCAAAAUGACCUUGGUGUUUUUCAACGUUUAGUAGAAGAAGAACAAGAAAAAUUAAAUAAUAAGGCAACAAUGGACGUUGUAUUACAGCCUACUACCAGUUCAAUUGAAACAAAUAAUAUCAAAAAUGAUGAAGACGACGAGAAGAAGAACGUAAAAGAAGAAAAUAAUGGUGAAAAUACAACAAAUCUUUUUUCGUUCUUUUCCUCUUCUAAUAUACCAAAUACAAUAGUCAUAGACGAUUUUACUGGGAACAUCAUUGCACCGAUCGUCAAUGAUAAUAACAAUAAUAACGAAAAAGAAAUAGAGAAUGAGAAUAACAGUAGUAAAAAAGAAGAAGAACAAUCAUUGCCAAACGAAUUUAAAACAUCGGUUGUGAUUAACGACAAAAACGGUAACAUGCAUGAUUCUUCGAAAUAUUCGGGUGUGAUUAUAGAAGAACUUCAUGAAGAUGAAGAUGAAACUAUAACGGCAAAAAAAACUGUACCAGUUGAUUGUAUUCUAUGUGAUGGUGAAAUUUCUCCAUUAAAAACAAAAAAAGAGACAUCAUUACCGCUUGAUACUGUUUUAUCAUGUUAUGAAAAAGCAUUAUCGAAAGUAACAUUUAAUGAACCGUUGAAAUCUCCCACUAUAGAUACAUUAUUAUUAAUGAAAUCAACUUCACUCAGUGAUUGUAUUAAACCUUUAACACCACCUACUUGUCCAGAAGAUGAUCCCAUUGCACAACGAGCUCUUCGACGUUUUGAAGAACGAAUGAAUGCUGUAGUUGGUAAAGAUUCAUCAAAUCCAAAUGAUCCAUCCAAAGGCAAAUCAUCGUGGUCUGGCGCAUCAACAACAUCGCGUAAAUCAUUAGAAAAUUUAUUUAAAAAUGAACAAUUAACCAUUUCUCCAACUUCUGAAACGUUGUUGGAUAAACCAGCCGUUGUUGAGAGUUAUAUUCGGCCAAGACGAAAUUUAUUAGAUAAUUCAGAAAAAGCUGGUUUAAGUUAUGCCAUGACAUUAAAUUUAUUUAAUCCAGGAACAACAGACGAAGAUGAUAAUAAACGAUUAUCACUUAAUGAUGUUCAAUUAUCCAACAGCACAAUUAGAAAUCAACAAGAUGACGAGGAAAAACACCAGCCAACUGUCUCGCACAAUGAUGAUGAUAAACAAGAAGUCGAUUCUACUCGUCAACGUAAAUCAAGUCUGUCAUUGUCCGGUACAAUGUCAGCUGAAAGUGGUCUAGGCAUUAGUAAUGGAACAAGUACAAUAAUGGAUAGUGAAAAAUCGUUAGAAAAUUCGAUAACCGACCAUAGUUUAUCCACAAAUACUUCGUUAAAUACGAUCAUUAGUAACAGUAAUAACGAUCUAAUGAUAACAAAUUCAACAUCAUCGAUUUUAGAACCACCAGCACGACCAUCAUCGUCAUUAAUUCAACCACUGGCACCCUAUGUUUUACAAUUAGAAGGACGACGACGAUUGAAUACACUUGAUCGUAUUAAAGAAAGACGACAAAGUAAAGAGAAUAAUCUUGAUGAUACAAAUUUCGCGUCACAGUUACAAAAUGAAUAUGUAAUUAAACCGGAAGAAUUACAGGAUCCAAUUGUUCGAAGAGCGCUAGAACGUUUUGAUGAAAAAAGUCGCGCAUUAGCACAAACAAAAUCAAUGAAUUAUGAUGAUAUACAAGAUCCGAUUACUCGGCGGGCACUAAUGCGCCUCGAAUCAAAUUUUAAACGAUCGAACAUUCAUUCUUCACCGUACUUGCCUUCAGAUUCUUCAACCUUACCCCCCGUGGAUCGUACUCGAGACAGAUUACCAAUUGACACAGGUUGGUAUACCAACAGUUACACAAUGGGUAGUCUUCAACCACAAACACAAUCGACAAUAGUUGAUGAAUCUCCGUCCCACAGUAAUUAUAAUUGUACUCCACGCUAUUCAACUGAUAACGGAAAUAAUAAAACCACCUAUGUCUCUGUUCAUCAACGAUUUUGUGCACCAUCUGAUGAUGAUCAACAACAAUCCUUAGUUGAACGAGAUAUACCCGUUCUACGUGUUCCCACACAUCCUGUUUAUGUUGCGUCAUCAUCACAACAACAAUCUCAACCUAUUAGUCAAGAAGAACAACCACAAACAAUCGUGCGUAAUUCUAGUUUUCGGCAACGCUCGAAAUCCGAAGAUAUGUUAACAACAAAACAACGUGAAUUAACCAUAGGACAGUCAUCAAAUAUUGAAUUGGAUAUGGAAAAUAAUAAUUCGCACGAGCUACAACAAACAACAGCAUCAGCUGGGAAUAACGAUGAGCGUCGUUUAAUUCGAAAUCAUUCAUCAGAUGAUUUAUUGUCUAAUUCCGAGUUAGUUAAUAACCCGAAUGAUAAAUUUUUAUUACCACGUUCGAUGAUGACAAAUCUAGAAUCUAAUUUUGUUCGAACAGCCGAAUCGUCCCAACAUUAUGCCACACCAACAAAAAGUUAUUCAACUUAUAGUUGUGAAUAUACGAGACCUCAUCGGAAUUUAACAACAAUCGAUCCACCACCGAUGGAACCACCCAUAACAGUUGGAAAUGAAAAAGUAUCACCAAGAAAUAUAGGUGAACAUAGUUUGUCAGGAUCAUCGCAACCAACUCUAUCUCAAAAUUAUCAGAAUAUAAGUUCAGAUCAUCAACAACUACCAUCUUUACAUACAUCCAGUAAUAAUAAUAAUCGUCCGUUCGACUAUGAUCAGCAACAACAACAACAAUACUAUCCAACACCUCAAGCGUCUUCGGCCUUCGCUCCCGUACGGCAAGUACGUGAUUAUCCAAUGCAAUCAAACGAUUUUUAUUCAAGGCAACCAUUCUGUGGUGAAUCUGGUGGUAUGUACAACACAAAUCUCUCAACGUAUUCAGCUGAUCCAAUUGUUCGUCGAGCAUUAGAAGGAUUCAAUUCUCAAAUGCAAAAUAGUAUGAUGUCUACUGUAAAUCACAAUACUUAUCAUCAGCGAGAACCGUAUCAGCCACGAAACUACGAUAUGAACCCUCCAAUGGCCACUGAUUAUUAUGGUGGUUUAAAUAAUCAGCCAUAUGAUCAAAGUGAUUAUUAUCGUUCAGGUUAUGAUGGGUGGUCAAAUGGACGAUCGGCUGUUCCUCCAUUACCACCACCAACUUCAUCCGGCUAUCAGUCGAUAAUCGCUCGACGACGUCAAUUAAGAGGCGAUGAUAAUUCUAUGAUUGACCCGUCUGGAAUUGGACUUGGAGUUGGUGACGGAUAUAGUUCAUCAAUAUUUGCUACAGAUCAUUCUCAUCAUUAUGCAAAUACUCUACCAGCUGAUAUUCAACCUCCCAUUCCACCUCGAUUUAUGCGUCGUGAUCCUCGGAGUGAAGGACAAUUGUUAGAACCACAAUUUCGUCGAUAUUCAUACGAGGAUUUUUUAGAUCAAAAUGAGAAUUUAAACAAUAAUAAUAGCAACAAUCCAAAUUACAUUCAUCAUGCCUAUCCCGCAACAAUAACAAAUACAAAUACAGGUUUUAGACCAAUUGAUGUUAACGACUAUAAACACCAACAGUACCAUCAUAGUCAGGUGCAGCAGUACAAUAAUCAACAGCCAAAUGAUAUCAACACUUACGUCAAUAGUCGAAUGUCAUCGAAUAUACACGAUAAUAUUAACAAUAACUCAGAUUUAUUAAGAGAUCGUGCUCAAUCGACAUCGAGUACAGCAUCCUCCGAUAGUUUAAAUACAAGGAGAAUGACAAGACCAAAUAAUAUAAAGACAACUACGGUCACACAAGCCUCACAUAGACAAUCCACAAAUUUACCGGUUACACUAACAAAUGGACGAAAACAGUUUAAUGAAAGUGAACAACAACAACUGUCUGGGAAAUCACCGCCAACAAUCGAACAACAUUUUACAAACCGACAAUCAGGUCAUACAACACCAAAUACUAAUGGUAGUAGUGUUAGUGGUGACAGUGUGUUUCAUCGACUGGCUUAUACUGGUACCAAAGCAUCGUUAUCAAAAUCGAGUUCAACGUCGUGUUCAAAUUUAUUGAAAGGCGGAGCCCAACAACCAGCGUUAAAAGCUCGUGAAAUUGAUUUUGAUGAUACGUGUAGUACAAUAACAAUGAAUGGUAAUGAUACACCCAUUUCAUCCAUAAGUUCAAAUUUCACAAACCCAAAAUAUCAACAGCAACAGUCAUCUCUGUCUCAAGCACAACAACUACAACAAAGCAAAUAUCAACGAUCUCGAUCGGUUGAUGGACGCGCACGUGGUCGUACAGCACAAGCACGCACAAAUCGCGCUGACCAUGAUGACAACAGUAGUUCGAUAACCGACGAUAAUAAUCAAGCAAAUUCGAAAAUACGUAUAGAAUCUAAAUUUACGAACAAUUCGAACGGAAACGUUAGUGGACGACCCGUCAGUGGUUAUGUUCAUCUUGGUAGUAUCAAUAAUGGUGUUGGACGAACAAUGCCCAUGAGUCGUACAACACCAGAACGUUCAAUUAUGUCUGGUAGAAGAACACCAAGCGGUUCGAAUUUAAACUCACGAAAUAAUAACGUGACGACAACUAGUCGUAUGCGUAAUUCAAAUAAUAAUUUAUUAGAUGAUAAUCAUAAUAGUAUAAUGGAUGUAGAGCUACAAUCUGAAUUAAGUGGGGGAGGAGAAAAUGAUGAAAAUCAAAUGGAUCAUGCUUUAUUUGAAACAUCACAGAUUGGUACUGAAUUGUAUCAACCAAAAAUAUUAGGUACAAGAAAUAUACCAAUGCGAAAUAAUAUUCAACAAUCAUCAUCAUCGUCAUCGAUUACUACGGGAUAUAACAAUCGAAAUCGAUCUGGGUUAGAACGACGAGAUUCAAAUACGUCAAUUUCAGAUACAAACAAAGUACAAAAACGAGUGGAUAAUGAUCGAGUUAUCUCACCAAUUUCUCAACGUGGUACUAUUCCCGUAUCUGUAUUUGUUCCAGCUAAAAUUGAAAAGCGUCCUGCGCCCGCACCACCUCAACAACAAUCACCACAAUCACCAUUGAAUGCAUCGAUGGAAAAUUCGUUUAAUUCUACUCAACAAUAUUCACCACGUACGUCGACAAAUGGAAAUAACGGUUAUUCUUCAGAUGAUCGUCCAAUAACAUCUAAACCACCACCGACCCCCGGUGUCAAAUCAUCUUCCAUGAUAUCAUCUUCUGAUUUUAAUAAUGGUGGUUUAGAUUCGAUCAAACAACAACAACAACAACAACAACAACAACAACAACAACAACAUGAUAAUAAAAAAAUGAAUGUUUUUGAACGUUUAUUUCGCGGAAAUAAGAAAAAACCCUAA